UUCAAACCCAGAAACAAAUUUAAUGUCUUUUCAACACAACUCAAGACAUAUUUAAAGAAGAAUUUAUCUAACAAACCAGUAUUCUAAAAUAUGUCUUCAUCUCUCAAUCAAAAUAUAGAUUUUCUAACCCUGUUUUUGUCAAAUGUGAAAUGUCGGCAGCAAAUGGGUGGCCAUGAUUUGACCAUGUGUUGCAACACAAAAUGAGAUGGGCCGUCCUUUAGCAACGCUUGAGCACAGCAUAGGACAUAAACCAUUGCUUGUCAUCAGCUACAUCAUGAACCAUAUUCCACAGACAUGUUUUAUAAGUCCACAUUUAGUCUGCUACAGUGUCUCACCAAGAUGCGAAACCGUUUCUUCAACUUGUUGAGUUGGAUCAAAACAAAGCCAUGAGAUUUUUAUGUGUCAUCAUGACCACUGAUGAAAUUUGAGAUAAUAUUUCAAUCAGUGUGCUCUGGUUUAAAUGGGUAGGUUUUGCCUUAAACUCUUUUUAGUUUUUAGAUUUAUUUGUGAAGUCUAAAGUCUAGUUUCGGAAAAUCUGAUGUGCUCCUGCACCUAUUUGUGGGCCUGCUAUAAAUAGGGCCCUGCUGGCAACACAUGCAUGUCUAUGAUAGGCGGUUACAGAGAUUUUCUUCACACACUCUGGCUCCAAAACAACCCUGACAACAUCUUCAUGGAGCUUUUACAUGGAUACCACCAUUAACUAGGAGCCUUGAUCUUUGACAAGCGGUGGCUGUGAACAAGGAGCAGCCUUGUACUGUGGGUGAUACAUUUAUCUCGGAUUUAACACUUUUGGUGAAUUGAGGACGUGGACAAUGACUUCCAGAAGGCCAAUGACUCGCUCUUUUUCUGGCAAUGGGAGGACGAGCAGCUUCAGUGAAGAGGACAAGAGCUCUUCCAAUGGCCGUUCAGAAAGCCGCAAUACUUACCUCUCCAACAUUAGGCCUGAAAACAGCUAUUCAAGGUAUUCUCACUACAGACCAACGAGGAGCACGUUGUGCAGCGUCAUGGCUCAGCUGACUGAGGACAUACAGCCGUCUUUUGACACCACCUUGAAAUCAAAGGCAGUGUCAGAAAACUGUAAUGUGAAAUUCACAUGUGUGGUAUCAGGUACCCCAGCUCCAGAACUCAAAUGGUACAAAGAUGAUAUGGAAAUGGACCGGUACUGUGGACUCCCAAAAUAUGAAAUUCGCCGAAAUGGAAAAACCCACACGCUUCAUAUUUACAACUGCACAUUGGAUGAUGCAGCCAUCUAUCAGGUCUCAGCCAGUAAUAGUAAAGGCAUUGUCUCCUGCUCUGGAGUUUUGGAGGUUGGCACGAUGAGUGAGUACCAGAUCCACCAGCGGUUCUUUGCUAAGCUGAAGCAAAAAGCAGAGAAGAAGAAAAAAGACCUGGAGGAGUCGACCAACAAGGAGGAUAAAGAAAACCUUAAGAAAGAGAAACCGCAGAGUAGCCCAGAACCUCCUCCAAGGAAACGAUCUGUUCCACCACCAAAGGAGAGGGCAGUGGUCAAAGACUCUCCGGCUGUGGAGGAACUGGGAGCUGCUGCAGAGCCUAAUGGCAUUAACUCAGAAGUCACAGCUCCCAUGGACAGUGGUCUGCAGGAUGAAAAGGAAAUCUUCGCCAAAAAGAGAAUAAAGAUGUCAAAUGGUGUAGAUGCUGGGGUUAACAGCAGCAGUAGCAGCAAUAGUAGUCGAAGCCACGUCAUGGGGAAUGGAGGUGAAAACUGUUACGAUGGAGGAAUCAGCUUGGCACAAUUUUUGGCAGAGACUCUCCAGUCCCAGGCUGCUGAGGAGAAACAGAACUCGUCUAGAGUGGAGAAACCUAAAGAGAUGGAUACAGCAAUUGUAAGUGCCAAUAAAGAGAAAGAGAGUGAUCAAGAGAAGAUAUGUACAAAAGCAGAGGAGCAGGGAAAAGCAUUACAGGAAGAGUUUGAGAAAGAGAAAAGAAGAGAAGAGGAAUCAGCUACAGAAAGAGAGAAAGAAAGGCAAAGGCAGUUGGAGGUGUUGCAUACAGCAACCCAUGGCAAACAUGGUUCAGAAGUCAAACAUCAUAGCAAGGGUCAAAAGGAUCACGACCACCACAACAUCCAGGCUUCCAUCUCCUCUAUGCUCCACACAGUCAAAGACUUCUUCUUUGGUAAGAAUAAGAAGGACUCUCAUGAUCACUUUGAGAGUGAAGAAAGAGAGUUUGACCACUCACAUGACUCAGUGUUGCCGCUUCAACCAGAAAUGCCGCCAUCAUUUCAGCUGCAAAUGGAACAUAAUCAAGAGGUAUGCAGUUCUCCCACAGAGGAAGUUGUGUCGAUGGAAAUAGAUAAACCUAAGGAGCCUUCAGACACUGAGGAUGUAGGACAACAGUCAGUGUCAGUCGAACCACAUAAAUUUAAGGAUGUAGACAGUGUUUUACACAUAGACCUGCCACCAGCUCAUAAAUUGCCACCUGAGAGUGUAAAGGAGUCCACAGAGCAGAGUGUGACAGAGGCUGAUGAUGCUGUGGAGGCCAUGGAGGUGACUGUGGUACCAGAGAACAGCGAUGUCGUUGAAGAAAUGUCAUUGACUGGGCUUCAAGCUCUCACUGAGGCUGAAAAGAAAGAUUCUGAGGUUGUCUCCGUUAUCAGAGAGGUUCCCAUUCACCAGCAAGACCCAGAAUGCUUGGCAGCUUCAGCACAGUCUAAUCAGGAGGGUGCAAGAAAUGAGUCUUCACCAAGGGAAGAUACAUCUGUCUUGCCACAGACUCAAGCCCCUUCUGAUGAAGAAUGCCCCCCCACAUCCACCCUCGCUAGUUUGGAAGAUAGUUGGACUCCCCCCCACAGCGUUAUCUCAGCAAGACGUAGCCACAAGCUUGGAGAGGCACCCACUGAACCUUUCCAGGAGGAGAAACUAAGUGUUGAUAAGAUGGACAGGGAUGGUGAUCCAAAAACAGAGGAGGCCUCUUCUUUUAAUAAGUUGCUUGAGGAAGAGAAAGAUGAAGUGAAAUCAAAUAAUCACCCAUGUUUGGAUAUAAACAGAUCUGAGAUUACUGAAAUAACAACAUCUUCGCUGGAAGACAGAAUAGAACCAUGUGAAUCUAUAACACCAGAUCAGGUGUUUUCGCCUCUUUCUGCUGUGGUGGCACGCAGUGCAGAGAGAGAUCGUGUAAAUGAAGAGACCAAGUGUGCCUCACUGAUUCAGGAAAUGAAUGUAGGAUUUCCGCCCACUGGAGUCCCGAAGAGUUUAGAGAAGGGUGACCUACAAAUGCAGCAUGAAUGCACACCUUCUAACGCAGAGGAAAUCACAGAAAGUGUCAAUGCUGUACAGAGUUCAAGCUCAGAUGUUAGAAGCAGUGAGGAGAGGUGUGGAUUGAACAAAGUACUGAGUUCUGCAGUGGAGAAAGAUUUAGAGAGCAAUUUGUUUAAUAGUCUAAAAACACAGCAACAAGCAAUUCUAGAGGGUGAGAGCAAUGACGUGAGGAAUAAGAGUUUACAGUUUGAAGCAGAGACAGAAAAGAGAACUCUAAUGAAGGAAAAAAAGUUGGAUGAAAUGAAGAUCCUUUCAGUAAAACAAGACAAUGGAAGUAACGCUAAUAUUUUGGAGGAACACAGUAAUAUUGCAUGUCAAGACAGCAGGGAGAGACAGCAUGGUUGGCCCUCAGAGAGUAUCCCACCAAUCCAAAUAUCUACUGUUGAAGACAUCACAGAUAUUAAACCACCUGUGCCAGAUUUGAGGCCAAAGGAACCUCUCAUAGUGCCAAAAAUUGAAAUAAUGGAGCCUGAGCUCAAAGGGUGCACUCUGCCGCUAACUAUUUUGGCACUAAACAAGCCAGAGACAAGUAAUUUGCAAGACCAUGAUGUAACUCAUGAGUCAAAGAUAAUAAUCCAAGACCAGAGCCUGGCUGAUUCUCCAGGUUCGCUGCCCACACAGGAAGGUAUGCAGAAUAAUUACCAUCUCUCACCUACAGAGAAAGUCAAGGAAGUUGCUCAAUUCUAUGACGAGACCGACACGCUUGAACGGCAGCAGCUGCGUGGGAAAAGCAGCGAACAGGUCCCUCAGAUGGACUAUGCAUCAAUUCCUGUUAUAAGUGUUUCAUGUACUGAUGAAAAGGAGGACGGUGCUUUUGUAAACACUCAUGAUUCGCAUGCACAGCCAGCUUUUGAAAUUCCAAAGGUACCUUUGUUUGUGGUGCCACCAAUCUCUGUUACUUGUCAUGAAAGUGAUCCUGAACCCAGUCUGCCCUCUCAUAGCGAGUCAACAGAAACAGAAACUUUAGCUGGCACGCAAAGGGGAACAAAGCAUGAUGGUGACAAUAAUAUGACCACGAAGCCUGAAAAAACUCAAAUUAGAAGACAAGACCUGGAGGAAAAGAGCAUAAAAGAGAACACUUCCACUGUGUUAUAUGAAGCUCUAAUACCAAAAGUUGGUGACAGUAUGCCCUCAUUGAGUAAAACAACAGAGGACAACUUGGAAAUCUUGAAGCCAAAAUCCAUAAAAGAUGCCAAGACAGAAAAUUCUGUUGAAGACCUCCAAAAAAAUAGAUUUUCUGUUGAGAGACUCAGCUCCAAACCCCCAGCAUAUCCAUCACUGAGUCCAGCCAGUCUUCGCAAAUUUAUGUCCAAAGCUGCUCCAGAGUCAGACAACGAUUCUGGGACAGCUGCUCGUGUAAGUGACAAGACCGAGGAAGACCUCAGCGGAGGCUCGACGCCAACAUCAUCCCUCUCCUGUGAAAGCAGUCCCAGGAUGAAACGCAGAGACAGUCUGACACUCAUACGGUCGGCCACACCUGAAGAGCUGGCCUCUGGAGCUCGACGCAAGAUCUUCUUCCCAAAAAAUAAAGACGAUGUAGAGAUAGCAGUGUUUGGUACGUUAGAUACUCAAGGCAAGAAGGAGAGCCCCUACAUGUCACCCAGCCAGGCUCGCAGGGCAGCAUUACUACAGGCCUCCACAGGACAAAACACCCCACCAAUGGAGAGACGCUCCCCGCUGCUGAGUCGCAGAAAGGCCACUUUGGAGGUGCCAAAGGUCGUGGAACAGGCUCCAACAGAAGAGCCAGCUGGCAACAAGCAAGAGGAGAAACCAGCUGAAAAGAAGAUAGACCCACUGAAAGCACCUCAGGUUAUCCGUAAGAUCAGGGGAGAGCCAUUCCCAGACGCCUCAGGACACCUGAAGCUGUGGUGCCAGUUUUUCAACGUGCUCAGUGACUCCACCAUUAAGUGGUACAGAGAUGAGGAGGAAAUACUGGAGGUGAAGCGAAGUGGAGGAGAUGAAAGCCAAGUAGCACUGGCUAUUGUUUUGGCAUCCAGCCAAGACUGUGGAGUUUAUGGCUGUACGAUCAAAAAUGAAUAUGGGACUGACACUACUGACUUCCUGCUCAGCGUAGACAUUCUGUCUGAAAUACUACUUAAAGAUGAUUUGGAAGUUGGAGAGGAGAUAGAGAUGACCCCGCUGCUGUUCACCAGAGGCCUGGCCGACUGCGGCAACUGGGGUGACAAGUACUUUGGUCGCAUCAUGACUGAGACGGUGCACAUGGGAGAGGGCUACGCUCACAAAGCCAGCAGGGUGAAGGUCAUUUACGGCCUCGAUCCUGUCUUUGAAUCCGGAAGCACUUGCAUCAUCAAAGUUCAAAACCCCAUCGCCUAUGGGACCAAACAGGAGAGUAACCUUGCAGAGAGAAAUCUAGAAAUUACUAAGCAAGAAUGCAAAGUCCAAAACAUGAUUCGAGAAUACUGUAAAAUCUUUGCAGCUGAGGCGAGAGUUAUUGAGAACUUUGGCUCUGUACUAGAAGUGAUUCCUCGAUAUCUGAUGUACAGACCUGCAAACUCUGUGCCGUAUGCCACAGUGGAAACUGAUCUUACAGGUGUCUUCCUUAAGUAUUCUGUGAUGGAUCCUAAAGGCAAGUUGAUUUCACAAAACGUUUCUGAGCUCGAGCAGAAAUGCAGUGCCUUCCAACACUGGAUCCAUCAGUGGACGCAUGGGAAUCUGCUGGUCACUCAGCUGGAGGGUGUGGAAUCAAAGAUUACAAAUGUUCGAGUUGUGACCAAGUCAAAAGGAUACCAAGGAUUAACCGAGUGUGGCUCUCCUGAAGUAAUCGAACAGUUCCUCGCACAACAUCAAUGCAACUACUACUGUGGACUUCUUGGCCUGCGCCCGGUCAAGACUAUGGAUAGUCUGCAACAGCCCACCAAGGUCAAGGGCUCCAGAAGCCCCCUGCUCAACCGGAAGCUGGGCUCUAGCAGCCCACAGCUACAGCGAAAAGGACACAGCCCUCAGAUGUCUAGAAAGGCUAAUCCUAGCCCAAAGGUGACUAGGAAAGUUCAGGAGACAGAGGACAAUAAAUCAGGUGACAAACCAAAGCCUGCAGAAACUCUUGAUGUUCUUGAAAUGAGGUAGGAAAAAAGACUUCUUUAGUUUCAAGCAAUAUUUUAUUGCUUCUAAUGGUUUUGGAUUACCUGUUUCUUCAACGGCAGCAAGAGUAGAGGAAAAGAGCCGUUUAUUGACCUGAUUUGUAAGAAAAAACUACUGUGAAUUUCUGUUGCCUACUAUGAGACAUCUGUCCUCCAGGCAGACAGUUAACUUGUUACACCAGUAUAGUUUAAAGGUUUAUGGGGAUGUGUGGAGUGAUAGGCGCAGGGUGUUUGACCUUAUAGCUCACAGGUGCCGAACAGCAAGAGUCAGUGUUUUUUUUUUUUUUUGUUGUUUUUUUUUUUUUUUUUUUUUUACUCUGAAAGAAUGAGAUUAGAAUUGACAUAGUGCUACUAAAACACUUGCCUCAGAGUCUUAUCAGCUCUAUAAGUGGACAAAUGACUCUCCAAGAAGAGUUUGUCAGAUACAUCGGAAAGAGAUGUCAACAUUUAAGUGUUUUAAUUUGACAGAAUGUGACGUUUAAAAUGUAUGUGACCACAGAAUACGUGUAUGUAUUAUUAGUAAUAUAUUAUUAGUAAAUGCUGCAUGGUCAUCUGUGAUGUACAGUAUGUGUGCAGGGCAUCAAGUUGAUUUCAGAGAUGAUAUUUAUGGGUAGCAUUAGAUUCUGCCUUGUCAGCAUUUCGUUGCACAGCAAAGUUGAGCUCAUGCUGUGAAAUAACAGCGCCAUUUUUAGGUCGAAGAUGUUUGUGUGCACUUUGUUUUUUUGGCAUUGCUUUCUAGUAGUUUUUGAGUACUUUGUGUCCAUUUAUUAUGCCUUUAAUCUGUCCUUAUACAGUGUUUCAGAAUGUAUUCUCUUGAACUCAACUAACAAAAGCAAUGAGCAGCAAGGGGCUUACAGUAAACUCUUUAACUAUGCUGGGUUCAUGCUCACAAACGCUCAAGUGUGUUCUCAGGAGCAAGGAAAGCUGUUGAAUGAGUCCCAGGCAGUAAUCAGGACCUGACCUAUGGACUCUAGUAUAAAAACACACCAAAGAAAAUAACCAAAAGAGCAGACCCUGAAUUUACAUUAGUCUGUUUAUCAGAGUAGGGCUCACUGUGGGAUUUUUUUCAGCAGCUUUACCUGAAAAAGAGAUAAGUUUGUGAUAGUUUUGACAGAUGGUCAGCAGUGAACACACCAGCAAGGACAUUAGGAUUAGAAUAAAAUCUGUUACGUUAUUUCAUGAGUUUGCACAAGUAUGUGUGGUUAAAUUCCAACAGAGGUCAGUUCCCUUUUACAAUUAACAAACUGACUAGAACUCUUUAGGAAUUUCUCCAAUUGAUUCUUGGUUAAUGAUUAAUUAGAGUUUUUAGCCACUUCGGAAUUCAUUAACUGCAUGAAACCUUGUUCGUAGAAAAAAAACAAAAUCCCAAAGGCAAUAUUUGAAAUGGAGUUGAAAUAAUUGAAAUAGAAAAAUAAGAUGAUGAUGGUAAAACACAGUCAUCAAGGUGUGGUGUAAACCCAAGUGUUGUAUUGUUUUUAAGUGUACAUAAAGUCAAAGGACUAAACAUCUGAAGUAGCGUGAAUAAAAAUAGUAAAUGGUGAGGGAGCGUGUGAAUGACUGAGCGAGAGGAUAAAUGUGUGUUUACAAUGUGUGCUCUCUUUAGUAUUUCACAUCAUGUCAGCUGAUGAUUGUUGUUUUUUAAAUAAAUGUGUAAAAGCUGUCUAAGCAUGA